UUUAAACUUCCGCCUCCCUUCUAUUUCUCUGUUCACAUUACAAUCUUCUCGCCCUGCCCUGCCCUGCCCUGCCCUGCCCUCCAUUAUUACUUGCAGAGCAAAAGACACGGAAGAACCACAGAGAAGAAAAGCACAAAGAGCCUCUAAUCCCAAACCUCUCUCAUUUAUCUUAUCCUUCCUCUCUCUCUCUCUCUCUCUCUAACCCCUCCCCUAUCUCUCUCUACAACGCGCUCCCAUUAUUAUUUGCAGGGGACCAAGAACAAGAACCCGGAAGAUAAUCAAAGCCAUAACUUCCAUCUCUUUCUUCACCAUUAUUGGACUUGUACCAAAGAGAAGAAGAUUUAUCCCUGUGGCUCAAACCCCUCUCUCUUCAUAGGCAAAUCCCUCUUCCUCCCAUCAUUACCCACAGAGAAAGAAGAAGCUGCAACAAAGAAAUAAACCAGAGUGUAGGGAGAGAAAAUCCAGAAAAUGGACUAUUCCACCCUUGAACCAGAAGCAGACAGCACAUGCUCCACUCCCUACGCAAGCGCCCCUUCCUCUCCGCCUCGCCACCCCUUCUUCUUCUCCGCCCCUGCUAGCCCCACCCACUUCAUAACCACCCCCACCACCGCCUCUAUUAUCCCCCCUGCCCCUUCUUCCUCCGACUUCGAGUUUACCCCUCGCUUUCCCCCGUUUUUCGACAUUACCCCCAACCCAACGUCCAUGAUCUCAGCCGAUGAGCUCUUUCUCAACGGCCAGAUCCGGCCCACGUCAACCCCGCUCCCACAAAAUCUCGUUGCUCCGAGAUCUCGGCCAGAAAAUAAUGCCUCCACCGAGAAUCUCGCCGCCCCAUCGUCCCCGCAACGUGGUAGAGAUCUAGCAAGGUCGCGGUCCCCACAUCGGCGGACCAGAUCCAUGUCGCCGCUCCGGGCCCACGAGCCGGAAAACGCGCCGGAAGACUCUCCAUCUCCGGCGGUCCUGCCGGAAAAUCCCUCAAAUCCAGGCCGUUCAUCUCGCCGAUGGAUCAGUUUCAAAGAUCUCUUAUAUAGGAGCAAGAGCGAAGGCAGGAGUUCUAGCAAAGAGAAAAUAUGGCUUUCUUUGACGUUUUCGCCCUCUAAGGAAAAGAAAAGUAACCCCAAAGGUCAGGUUCAGGGGCCGGAGAAGUCGACGGAAAAGUUGCAGACGUCCGAAAAGUUGGCAGAAAAGGGUCAUAUUCCGGCGCGGAAGUCUAAUAUGGGGAAGAGAAGGGUACCACCAUCGCCUCAUGAGGUUCAUUACACAGCUAACAGGGCAGUUGCAGAGGAGAUGCGGAAAAAGACGUUUCUGCCCUAUAGGCAUGGACUUUUUGGGUGCCUAGGGUUUAGUUCGAGGAGUUAUGGCGCCGUGAAUGGGUUGGCUAGGAGCUUGCAUCCUGUUUCUUCCAGGUGAAAUGAAUAAAGUGGUGAUUUUUUUUUUUUCUUCUCUCUACUUUUUUUUGUACAGAUUUCUCUCUAUUUGUUUAGCUGGUGCCUGCUUUUUGUGGAAACUGGAAAGAUAUUGAUGGAGAAGCUCUCUUUCUCUCUCUAGAUCCGAUGUAUGCAAAAACAUGUGCUCUCUCUUCACUAAUUUUGCUGUACAAGUCGUGAGUAUCUCACUGGAUCUGCUGUAUUUUUUGGCCGAGAAAUAUCUUCUCUUACAUUGUA